AACAAUACGCGUUCAACAGAAGUUUCACAUCAAGGAAACGUGACUAAUGAGAAGCGUCUGAUAAGAUAUGACAUUCAAGCUCAGUUUAAGCAGGAAAUGACAGAAGAUCUACGUCAUGUUUUUGGAGUGGGACGGUGCUAAAAAGAGACAACUUUUCGUGGCCCUGGAUGAUGUCGAAAGACGCUCACCGAGGACCCACGAGACUUACAACUAGGGGCCCGUUCGUUGAGCAGUGUUUAUAGAUUAUGUGCGUAAUGUAAACAUAAGGCACGUUUCACCGCGCACUGAGGCUGAGCUGGCAACGGGAAUCCCCUUAUGUUUGAUGACAAAGACACAUGCAACUUCACAGCGAAUGAGACCAGAAGGUUGUGGAAGUGUAGAGAUGAAUUGAGAAGCCCCUGUGUGGAGAUAACGGUGAGUAGACGAGAUGUGAACUCACUCGGCGAUACCAGCGCGCGAACGCGUGUCAUUGCGCACGAUGGAUGUCCGUGGUCUGGAGCGCGAGUUUGUGACAGCGCGCGAGAUGAGAGAAAUCCUUGAUUCCGCUCGUGAAUAUUUAAAUGCGUUGUGGAAGUCAGUAGGCUGUUGCUAUGACUGCAGCGGUGUAGCGUUUCUGCACGGUCUGUACAUCAACCUGUACUGCGCCCAAACUGAUUGAUUCCUGCAGUUACGGUUCACUUGAUGUGAUCGGUACAUUGGAGAAUAAGCUGCUAUAAGUGGAAAGCAGUCGUUGACGGGCAUGGUUGUGAGUACAUUGCAAAAGUGUUUUUGUUGGAAUCUGUCUAAUUUGUUAUGUUGCUUAGUUUUAUUUAUUGAAAUGCAUGGAUAUGGGGAGGGGGAGUUUACUUAACUAACUACUUCUCUGUUGUCGUUUUUUUACAAUUUUACAUUCCCACAUUUAUUGCGAAAAGAUAGAGUUUAUUGUUCACUGUCAUGUUUAAUAAAAGACUAUUUGAUUACUUUAAGAAGCAUUGAAAUCUGUCACGAAGCAUCAUAUGAAACAAUUUCAACAAUUUGCUAUUGCCAAGAUGUUAUGAUAUUUUAAAUUACCCUACUAACAAAACGACUACAAGAGAAAACAAGCAAUUGUACAAAUUUGAGUUAAGAUACUAACCUUGUGGCAACUUUUCUGUGUGACAACUAGCCCUAAUGUGCCAUGUACGUGUGAUGAAUUGUGACUAAAGGUUUUGUGCGCUGGUUGAAGAGAAAGUUCCCCCAAAAAUAAUGAUAUUGUCAUCAUAUGGUCACCAUCAUGUCAUUUCAAACCUGUAUGACUAUUUGACUAUCCAUACAAUAGAAUAUUGGAUCUGAUGUUGUUUAGUUUACAGUGUUUAGAAUAUGUUGUUAUGUGUUCUGCAAAAGAAAAUCAUACAUGAGGUUGACUAAAUUAUGAAAGAAUUUUCGUUUUUGGGUGAAAAAAGUAUUGUGACAAAAGGAGCUUUUUGUUGUUUGUCCAUCCUAACAAAGUCACUUUUUGUAAUAGGCAUACAAAUGUAUAUAAGAUGACGCUCAACACACAGAAAGAGCGGAAGGAACCCCUAAGAAGAAGAGCAAGUACUCCCAUCCCCUCUUCCCGUCAGGCGACCUGGGGAGAUAGAGACCCCUCAUCUGACCCGUACCACCCUCCGCUCGCCCAAUCAGCCUCAUACCACCCCGGAGACAAGAGCUUACACUCAAGGGCCAACUGGUCUUCAGACUCCGAGUCUGACAGCUCUGGAUCAGAUUGUCUUUAUCGUGUGGUUUUGUUGGGGGAUCAUGGUGUGGGGAAGUCAAGCCUCGCCAACAUCUUCGCUGGAAUACAAGAGAAGGAUGCUCACAAGCACAUUGAAGAGGACACAUAUGAGAGAACCCUCACAGUGGAUGAGGAGGAGACCACCCUAGUUGUAAUGGACACUUGGGAAACAGAAAAACAGGAAGAAGAUGAGAAGUGGGUACAAGAUUACUGCAUGCAGGUGGGCAAUGCUUACAUCAUUGUUUACUCCACCACAGACCGCAGCAGCUUUGAGAGCGCCUCAGAGUUGCGAAUCCAGUUGCGUCGUAUCCGGCAAGCUGAAAACAUUCCCAUCAUACUUGUUGGAAACAAAAGUGACUUAGUACGCUCUCGAGAGGUGGCGGUGGAAGAGGGUCGGGCCUGCGCGGUGAUGUUCGACUGCAAGUUCAUCGAAACCUCUGCCUCCCUCCACCACAACGUUCACGAGCUCUUCGAGGGCAUCGUGAGGCAGAUUCGACUGAGGCAAGACAGCAAAGAGAUGAACGAACGCCGGCGUUCCAUCUACAAGCGAAAAGAGAGCAUCACCAAAAAGGCCAGACGCUUCCUGGAUCGGCUUGUGGCGAAGAACAACAAGAAGAUGGCCCUGAAGGUCCGCUCAAAAUCCUGCCAUGACCUCGCGGUUCUGUGAAUCCACAAGUGCACAAGUUGUGUCCACUCUCAUUUAUUGAACUUUGGAUCAUCUGUUGCAUUAUGGCUGAUGAUUAAGACAGAGAGAGUUUGUCUGUAAAAUUCGUCCACUUUUUUUAAGUUAAACAUUAAGACAUUUUUAUUUAGAGAUUUUUAUUUAUUCGUUGAUGUCAACAUGUGACCAAAUAGAAUUGUAACCACCCUAAAGACUGAAGUAUUGCUUUUUGUUAUAGAAUGUGUUUGAAUUAAACCAAAGGUUUAUUGCUGUAUAUCAACAAUUAAGUGGACUUUCAAUGAACAUUUCAUUAAUGUUUGCCUUAUCAGACUUAACAGGGAAAAAAUUAUACAAGCAAUAUUUAUUAAUCAGUGUUGGUUGUACAGUGUUUCUUAAAGAAUUCUAUUUGACAUUUCUUUAUUUCUAAAGAAAAAGUACUUUGUAUACAUUCAAAGACCUUUGAGAAAGGCACAGCCCGUUAGAAAAGGAGAGACAAGUUUAUUCUAAUAAUGCAAAAAAACAGAACAUGUCAGUCUUCAUUUACGAAGGGCAUGUGAAUAUUGAGAGUGUAUUUUCAGAUUAUAUGAAAAUAGAUGCUGGGUCAGUAAACUAUAACAUUAUUAAGGCGUCAGAUAUUUUUCCAGGAACCUAUUGCAACAAUAAAAAAAUGGUUUACAGAAUAUUUCUUUCUUAAUGUAUUUUUGUCUACUUUUUGGCACUGGAGAUUGAUGUUUUUGUACAACUCAGCGUUGUUUGUUUGUAAAUAUGUAAUGUCCAAUGUUUGUAAAAUAAUAAAUGACUCUGAAAUAUGUAA